UUUAUUGGCAUGACACCUCUGUGAAUGUGUUUGUAUUUGAAAUUCCUGACGAGGCUGUUCCACUUCAAGGGGCUCGGUAUUCCCUUUAAAACUACGGCAUUCUGUGAGAGUCAAAGCAGUCAGCUCCUAUAAGCAGCACUAGAGCAGUGCACUUCCUUUACUACGAAUAACUUGAAGUGCUGCUAACUUGCCAGUGCUGCUGUUAAACACUGGGGCCAUCAGAGCUGCCAUCACUCCUGCAUCGGAAUCUUUGAGUGGAACAAGCGAACUCGAGCACAAGAACCAAGAUGUGGCUAUUCAUUACAGUGGCAUAUUUGUUCCAAGGAACUGUAUCUUCAGAGAAACUCAUAAGAAUGAAGAGAAAUCAUGUGGAUCCUGAAGCACAUAUGAACAUUAGCGAGCUCAUUACCUAUAGAGGGUACCCCAGUGAGGAGUAUGAAGUGGUGACAGAAGAUGGCUAUAUCCUUAGCAUUAACAGAAUCCCUUAUGGAAUAGAAAAUCAGGGGAAUACAGUCGUAAAGCCUGCUGUGUUUCUCCAACAUGGAUUACUAGGAGAUGCUAGCAACUGGGUCACAAACCUGGCCAACAAUAGCCUGGGCUUCAUACUAGCAGAUGCUGGCUAUGACGUUUGGAUGGGAAACAGCAGAGGGAACACCUGGUCUAGAAGACACCUCAAUCUUUCUGUUGAGCAAGAUGAGUUCUGGUCUUUCAGUUUUGAUGAGAUGGCUAAGUUUGACCUUCCAGCAGUGCUAAACUUCAUUAUGCGGAAAACUGGACAAGAGCGGUUGUACUAUGUUGGCUAUUCACAGGGUGCCACUAUAGCUUUCAUUACAUUUUCAACAAUGCCCCAGCUGGCUAAAAGAAUCAAACUGUAUUUUGCCUUAGCCCCUGUAACUACAGUUAAAUACGCCAGAAGCCCUGCAGUAAAACUCCUGUAUCUUCCUGAAAAGUUUCUCAGGGUCUUGCUUGGCAGAAGGGAAUUAUUUCACCAAAGUGAAUGGCUGAGAAAGCUCAUUGUUUCCUUUUGUGGCCGCAGCAUUUUUGCUAAGCUUUGUGGAAAUGUCUUCUUCAUUCUGGGAGGCUACAAUGUGAAUAACAUAAAUAUGAGUCGUGUUAACGUAUACGUAGCCCGAGCCCCAGCAGGAACAUCUGUACAAAAUGUAAUCCACUGGAGCCAGAUACUUAAUUCAGGGGAAUUCCAAGCUUAUAACUGGCGCAGUCAAACCAAGAAUAUGGCGAAAUUUGGUCAGGCCACCCCUCCUUUAUACAAGAUAAAAGAUAUGACAGUGCCAACUGCAAUAUGGACUGGUGGACAAGACUUGCUUGCAGACUUAAAGGAUGCUAAUGUUUUACGCCCGCAAAUUAUUAAUCUUGUUCAUUACAAAAACAUUCCUGAAUGGGCACAUCUGGAUUUCAUCUGGGGGCUGGAUGCACCGCUGCGCAUGUACAAUGAAAUCGUUGACCUAAUGGAGAAGCAUCCAUAAACCACACAAAGUAGCCAUGCUUUAGGUUAAUAAUGGAUUCUCUGAUGAAGCUUGUUUUCUCUGUGUAUGGAAAGAGGCCUAUUUUCCUUUUUAUAAAAAAGUUAACCCUC